CUUAAAUGCGCUAGCAAGAAAGUGACAUUUUCCCAAACUGAGCGCCAUGUUUCCUGCACACGCGCGAAUUUCUGCCAGAUAUCUUCAAAGACAUAGUCUAAUGUUCGACAUUUUAGGGGCAGACCAUUCAGAAAAGAUGUGGAUAAUCAUGAGUACUUCUGGACUGUUGGCUUCAGUGCAACUUUCGGUACUAUUUAUUGAAUCAUUUCGGGCAUCCUUGAGGCAGGAUACAUUGACAGUCGAAAGAGGAACAAGCUACUUCGCGAAAUUUUCAUUUACCAGAAGCUUGGAGAGUCAACCGAGAACGAUCGACCGUUCCAACCCUAACCCUACGACAGCCAGUAGGCAACCACCUUUUCAUUUCUCUUCAAUCCUCACGCUCCUUCCCUGUGUCCUGUCCUCUCCACACGCUCGUCGUUCAAUAUGUCUGUUGCAGGACAAAUGUUCUCUUCACGUUGCGACUUGGCGUCCAGACUCACUGCGACGGAGUCUCUUACAGCACACUGAAAAAACAGGAUGAAUGCUCAACUAUAACUAGAUGUUCUGAUGGAAAUUGUGCAAAUUCACUCUGGAUUUGAAGCUGGAAACUUGA